AAAUGCAAACGUAAACAAUUUGACUGACCUUGACCGUGCACCUUCAAACUGAUCCUAUUCUCAAUCUGUCCUGCGAAGGAAUCGAUAAUAUUCAAAUAAUCAAAUCGAUCGAUAGCAGCCAAAUGAGAGGAGCGUGAUGCUAUCUUUACAAGCUCUUUGUAUUCGACACCGUCCGUAUAAACAAUUUCAAAGCGCGGCACAUAAUCGUGUGACAUAGUAAUCUCCAUGAUUUGUCCGGUCUCAUCGUGAAGAAAUAGACUGUCCCUUUGUUUAUGCGCUUUAGCUCGAACUGGCUUUAGCUCGCGUUCAUUAUUAUUCGAAGACCAUACCUUUUGCCAGAAUUCUUUCGAGUCUCUGAUAAAUGAUUUUCUGUAAAACUAAAAAAAGAAACGUUCGAUAACGACGACGUGCCAAUCUAACGAAUAGAUGGAAAAAGAAAAAAAAAAAACUUGUUAUCGGCAUUAACCUGACUUACUGCGAUUUCAUUUGUUCGUGUAUUAACGAGAAAGAGGCCGUCUUUAAAAGCAACAACGAAGGGAUAACGAUCGUAGGGAUGCCUUGUAGAUUUUGAAUAUUCUUCUAUGAGAACGUUUCGAUUACCACCGUCUGCGCUUAUCGAGGAAACAUUGGAAAAUUCGUCGCAGAGCAAUAGAUUACCAUCGUUUGUCCAACAAACGGAGGUUAAUUUCUUUUCGAGAGAGUUCAUUUCUAUCGGAUAUAAGGUGACGAUUUUCGAAGACCCACAGAUUCGAUAAACGCUGAGUUUACCGGUGGUUCGUGCAAAUUGCGCUAUUGCGUGAGGAGAAAAUGGCGAACAUCUGGAAACAAAAGGCAAUGAUAGAGAUAAGCGAAAUAAUUAUUUGUACGUCAAAUGUUUAAUAAUUACGCGAUCGUUUGAACGAAAUCCUCUAGUUUGGUACUUUUAACGAAAACCUUAUCACCAGUUUGCCAUAGCCAAACGACCAGUUGAAAAUUUGGAAAACUUGUCAAUCCUAUAAAAUAAUCCGUACCGGCAAAGGUACAUGAUAAAUAACCAUUCGUUUCUUCCAUACUCGUACAAGAGGAUAUUUUAUGAAUCCUCGGAUAAGUGAAUAUUCUAAUAGUGGGAUUAGAUUCUUUAUCCGCCACGGAGAACAUCGGUAUCGUCUGUAAAAGAAUACUUCUUUUUGAGUAUUUGUCGCUCGGCUUGAGUACGAUCGAGUCGGAUGCAACCCGUUUUACACGAAUGAGAAAAUGGGAUGACUGUGACAAAGGGGCGAAUUUAAAUCUAUAGGAAAUUUGUUACCGUGUGUCCUGAUAAAUUCGAUACGCCACUGCCUCUGUUGUCAUCGUCGAACAAUUCGAUUCUUUUCUCCUUUGUGUUUACGUCGAUGAAACGAACGUGCAAACCGGAAGCUGUCGCGAGGAUAUCCUUUCCAACGAACACGAAGUCACGAAUCUUUCCGAAUUUUAUCCAUCUAAUCGUGGACACGAGAAUUAUUUAAAGUUGUGACAAAAAAAAAGAAAAAAGAAAAGAAAAAAACAAGAGAAAAAGAAAAAUUAAUAUCGCGUUGAUAUACUUCGUUUGUAUCGUUGUAUAAUCCAUUUUUUGAAUGUAGAAAAAUAAGGUAGUUUAUGCGUCAAAAGCGUCCCCUCAUAUUCCAACUCGUCGUACUUUGGUUGCUUAGAAACGCCCUGGGCGAUCAUCGAUUAACGGGAAGAGACAAAAUCAAGAUUUUUACAUUGCGGAUGUCUUUUAUGCAUCUUCAAGCCACAUUUUCAUUUCCCCUUGAUUUCCCGUUGAAAACACGAAUUGCUCUAUUGGUUUCGUUGUUUGUUCUCACGAAAAUGUAUUCGUUCGUAUGCAAUAUUAUUCUCUCGUUUUACGAGCGAAAUGCAUACGUGAAACUUUUCGUUGAUUUGAUGGAAAAAUUAUUAUGCUGUAUUGUUUAUUAUAACGAUAAAGUAUUAUUGUGAAGUAUUUUCAAUCGGCAUGGAAAGUCACAAGUUUUCAUUUUUGAAUCGUGCCAAUUAAUAAUCGUUAAUCGGCCUGAAAUUUUGGCAGCAGUUUGACGUGAAAUCAAUAUUUUGUUCUUAUUAAAAAGAAGAAAAUGUGGGAAAAAUAAAUGUGCCCCUUCAAUCGUUGAUAGACAAAAAUACAUACGCCGAACGGACAAAUCAAGCGUUCAUCGUUGUAAACAAUAAAGCUGUGAAAUAUAUGCGAGUAAUAGAGGUAAGUGUGUCGUUGGAUCGAUGAAUCGUGGGGGAGGUUCAUAAGAUGGUAGGACCGUUACCGAGAGUAUCGUUCGGUACAUAAUAAUGGGCCAACACCUUUCGACUCGACAAUUUUCUUCGUACGAUUUCGAAUGGAAUUUUCUCAUUGACACCGAACGUUCUACUGCACCUUUUGACAACAACUGGCUCCUUUUCGGUCACGUGAUUGACGAAAAAAGAAAGAAAAAAGAAAUUCCAAAACGAACGAAAGAAAAAGAAAGGUCACGUGGACGACAACGUUUCUGGUACGAAAGCAGAAAGAAGUGUCAAAUGAAAGCGUCAGUAUGAAAGACACAGAAAGAGGAGUUUUAAGUUCGAUGGCUGGUAACCUAAUAAAACGUGUUACUUGACUCGCUUCAGUUCAUUUUCACGGGAUAUUCGAGCGAACGAAGAGGACAGGUGUGCAACGGUCUAACGGAAUCGGUACGGAGCGGUAUCAAACGAUGACAUCGUUAAAUGAACGAAAAUGGAUAAUAUCGAAUAUAAUUGGGAUGUUAUUAAUUGGUUCGGCAGUUUCUGGAUUGGAUCAUACCGAAGCAUUGCCAUCUAAUCAUAGAAAUGUAUCCGCCGCUACGUUGAACCUAAUGCCAGAGGCUAGGAACACCGAAGAUCAGGAUUCUAAAAAUGAAACAAUUCGUAUCGCGGACAUCGACUUGACAACGGAACGAUAUUCGAUUCAAUAUUCUCCGAAUGUCAGGAAGGAUUCGAAGAAAGUGAGAAUACCUUUAAUGCCUAAGUCAGGCGGUAAUAAUUAUUAUGACGGUCUGAGAAACGUCCAAAUUUUCACGAAGAAGGACACUUAUCUCGAAGCAUUAGAACAUUCGCAUACCAGUAAAGAUCCAAAGGAAGGUGUGGUACAUGCGGAUGUUAAGCCGAAACUCAAGAGACGAGAAUACAUUCAAGGGCCAGUUUAUAAGCCUGAAACGGAAUACGGUGCUCCGAAAGAACCUAACACGAUUUAUGGUACACCAAAUGAUUUGGAAAGUUCUUCGAAGAGAACGAAGAAUUUUUAUGGUUCAUCAAGCUCUAAUAGCUUCUAUUCUAAUAGACCUGCGGACGGUUACUUGCUGCCUGAUCAAUCCUCGAUAAACUUUAACGAUUACUCCGCUUAUACUGAAAAUUCUUACGGGCCGCCUCAAAACAAUUAUGGUCCACCUCAAAGCAAUUAUGGUCCGCCUAGUCAGACAUACGGGGUAGUACCUGUUCGUCCACAACAAUAUGACGAAUUGCCUUUCGGGAAUUCGUACAUGUCGCAUCAGCAAGGUGAGGCGAGAGGUUACGAUAGUUCAGGUGGUAUACCUUACGAACACACCAGUUCGUCUCUCAUCGAGUUCCCUAGGAUAGAUCUUUCCUGGCCGUUCGCAUUAAAAUUAAAUGCCUUCACCCUCGCUAAGAUCUUACUUAAAUUGGUACUCUUCAAGAUGAUCGUCAAAUUCAUCGCCGUUAUUUGCUUGUUGCUCUUCAUACCCAAAUUAGAGAUUAUCAAGAAGGCCAAUAAGGACGAGGCCGAGGAAGAAGGUCGUGUUCUCGUUUCUUCUGGCACAGCCUGGGAACGAUUGAACCUUUUAACCGAAGUGGUAAUCAAUUCCUUUGAUAAUUAUACGGCGCAAAAUGAAGAUGGAAGGUACGAGGAGAGAUCGAUAAAUGACGAGGAUUGCAGUACGAUAAUGUGUCGCCUUCGAAGUACGUUCCUUUAUAAGGAAUCUUGGAGGGAUUACGUGGAAUUGUUUAAAAGUUAUCUAUUGGAAGAGAAGGAAAUUGUUGAAGGGAAACGACGGUCUAUACGAUGAUUUUGUUAUAUUACGAUGAUCGUUAGUUAAGAGGCACCGAUCGUCGAAUCUCAGUGGUACCUAAUUUAUUUUCACUUCUCCAUUUAUCCAUUUGCUUAUGUAUGUAUUUAUUUAUUUAUUUAUUUAUAAUAGUUUAAUUAGGUUAUCUUAAUAAACUCAUCGUCCAUGUGCGCGCUUAUGUGUCCGACUAUAAAUUAUAUAAUUAAACCGAUAAAGCUCGGAUCUCGCUUGGCGUAAUAACAAAUUAUAAGAUUAUUCGGAAAUAAAGGCAACAUCUUUCUCUCUCCCUCCCUAUCCUCUUCUUCUAUUUCCAAUGCGAUUUAUCGGACAAUACGACAUAUCAUUCGAGCACAGAGAAAUGAUUCCUCAUAUCAUUUUACGUGCAUAAUACGCUCUCUACGCAGUUAGCUCAUGCCCGAUGCGAUCACCUCAAGCUUUAUUCAGGUGGGGAUAGCUCCAGGGAAUGGGUUAUAAACGUCGUAGCGGAGUAUAGCGCCGUGUCAGUCUCAUUUCGAUAACCAUCUGUAAGCGAGCCGCAACCGAAUCGGAUAAUAAAAGGUCUUCUACUAAGAAGUCGAUAUCAUUGAGAGAACA